AUGGAGAAUUAUAUUGACAUCCAGUUUGCUCGAGAUCACAACCUCCAGCACCAGAGUAUCACACCCAGACCAGUGUUCAAUGUCGAUGGAUCACCAAAUAAAGCCGUAGCCAUCAAACACAAAGUCUUCUUCACUAUAUUCUUAUCAGGACAACCAAUGAAGAUAGAAGCCUACACCACAGUACUUGAUAGGAAUCCAAUCAUUCUAGGCCUCUCUUGGUUCAAAUAUUUCAACCCAGUAAUUGAUUGGAUCACUGGGAAGAUGUGCUUUUGUUGGGAUCAACUUCUACGAGCAAUCAAAAUCCUUGCUAGUAACAUCCCAGAAUAUCUAAGCGCCUUCCUCUCUGUAUUCAACAAAAGUACAGCAGAACAAUUACCGGGAUGGAAAUCCUGGGACCAUGCAAUCAAUUUAGAAGCCAACUUCAAACCUCAGCGAGGAAAGGUUUACCCAUUAUUGCCAGCAAAGCUCAAGGAAUUAGACACCUUCAUUGAGGAAGACUUGCAGAAAGGUUAUAUCUGGCCAUCAAAGUCUCCUAUGGCAUCCCCAUUCUUCUUUGUCAACAAGAAAUCAGGAGAUCUAUGA